AACUGCAGUCUAACAAUAGAGAUAAUGGAGCCGCUAUCCUAUUAAUAUGCAGCAGAAUUUGACAAACUUAGCGUUGACCUGCAAGGAUAUUUCUAUGAUGAGGGCCAUUUGAGAUUCGAACAAGUUCCACACGAAUCAGCAGCAGAGAGAAUGAUUUCGAGAGGCUCUUCCGUCCACCACAGUCGACGUACCAACAACCCGUUCAUGACGACGAGCUCUGGGAUCGUUGGUAUCGAUCUUCAGGAAAACGUGACGUACGACGCUCCUCGAUUUCGCGGCAACAAUCCCAUCGGCACUGGACAGCAAAGAUCUUCCAACUCGUUGACUGAGUUCAUGUACCAGACGACAUCGGGAGCGCUAGGCGAAGGUGUUCGAGCACAAGAGCGACUGAAACUCAGCCAGCGGAUGGACAAACCUACUGUACACAACGAGGUGGAGGCUUCUGGCGUUGUGACUAUCCGACAUGUAGACGUUGCUGCACCGGAAGAUUACGCACUCCGUCCCGAGGAAAUCAUGCCCAAGUCCAUCGACAUCAAGCCGAUCACUCAAGCACACAGUCAGCAUCCGCUCUACGCCACGAGCUGUCGAGAUAUCGGAGCCGAGAAGGCUCAGCUCAAGGUCGAAGUGGAGCGACUCGGACGACCAAACACCUUCACCAAUUCCUUCAACGGGUUCCGCUACCGCGACUUCGGGCUGAACACUGCUGUGACCAAGUCCCGUAUAUGCGAUCAGCUAGAAUAUUCUUGA